ACCAUGGUACCCGGCGCUGUUAGCAUAACUAGCUUAAUAAUCACAGGGCCAUAAACUAGCUUCAUGCUAAUCUCGAUUCGGUAAAUAAAAUAAUACUAAUAAACACUUUUCUUACACUUCGAUCAUAAAUAAUAACAAAUAUACGCGUUUUAAACUAAUUUAAAUAGUUACUGUUGUUCGUAUUUGUCGUGUUGUGGCAGUUAAGCAGUGCGCGAGGCGUAACGCUCCAAACCGCUCUGUGCGCCCUACAUAUGUGCACUACAUAGGGUCUGUGUUUGCGUGUUUAAAACCAUAUCUAGUGCACUUCGUCUUCCUUAGGACGUCGUUUGGGAUGCAGCCGGUCGCCUCAGUUGAUCAGUGUUAAGUUCAUCUAAACGUCCUACCUCUGGAUGGAGUUCCUGUGCAGAUGAAGAUGGUUCCACAUAAACAGCUUAAAGAUCCAUGAAGUUUUUGAGCAACUCAGGAACCAUGAAGAUGGAUUUGGACCGUAAUUAAUAUCACCUGGUUCAGGAAUAAAAUCGCCAUGAACUGAGUCUCCAUCACUGAACCUCAACAACGAUGGAACUGUAAUGAAUGGACAUUUGGUGUUGAGGAUAAGGAUGGGUUCCCUUUAGAGUUUCAGGUUCCUUUCAAGGUUUCUGCCUCAUACCGUCUCAGUGCUGUGAAGCUGCUUCGGGACUCUUCAAUGGUAAAAACGAGACCGUGAUCCUGUUUGUGGUGAUUGGAGUCAUGGUUCCCAACUGAUGAUCAUGCACAUGGUGUCUUCAGGAUUGGUGUCUUGAUCUUCAGUGUGAUGGAACAUGGCCCUGCAGCAGCUUCUGUUUCUCCUCAGGCCACACGCGAGCCGAUUCUCACGAUCAGUUGCCGUGUUCAAACACUUGAGCACAACAAAUACAGAAUCUGAUAACACAAAAAACGACUGCAACCAUGAUAAAACAGAUCCUUCAAACGUUGCUUCUGAGAACAAGUCAUUGUUGGAGAACCUCAGUUUGCUGGGCGUGGACGUUCAGAUGGCGCGACGGCGUCAGCCUGGCGUCUUCCGCAAAAUCCAGACAAACGAGCAAGGGCUGAUCGAUUUCCUCGAACAAAAAGGCGCGAGUCGCGACAUCAUCGCUAGCAUCAUCUCCCGUUUUCCACGCGCCAUAACCAGAUCCGAGGAACACCUGGAGGAACGCUGGCGUCUUUGGCGCGGCAUCUUCAACACAGACGCUGAGGUCGUUAACAUCCUCAAACGUUCUCCGGAGUCGUUCUUCCGCUCGAGUGAUAACGGCAACCUGGAGAAGAACAUCCAUUACCUAAGUUCAUUAGGGAUAAAACCUAAAGAUCUGCACCGUCUCCUGACCAUGGCCCCGAGGAUCUUCUCGAACACUUUGGCACUGAAUCGGAUGAUGGUGGAGCUUCUGGAUAGUGUGUGCAAGAGCCUCGGAGGAACUGAAAACGAGAAGUUUGCUCGCACCGUCAUUUCCAGAAACGUGUACAUCCUGAUACGGAGCACGAAGCGCGUCAGGUCCAACAUUGAGUUCCUCCUGAGUGCGCUGGAGCUCAAUAACGACGAGGCGCUCAAGCUUCUGCAGGGCCACGGCGCCAAAAUCCUCGACUUGUCCCAUGAAAGUUUGAAGACUAACUUCAGAAACCUGAAGCUGAAGCUGAAGUCUCUGGGCUGCAGCCAGGAACAGGUGAGGGAGCUGAUCCUGAACUAUGCUCCGAUACUCUUUGUCUCCUCAGACACUCUGAACCAGAAGCUGGACUGCCUGGUUGAAGGUGGGAUCGACAUCAGACGCAUCAUAGAGAAGCCGAAAGUGAUGGAUUACAGCGUCACCACCCUGAAACACCGUCUGGAGCAGCUUCAUCAACUAGGUUAUGACUUUGAGGUGAACGGAAUCAGCAUCCUGGACUUGAGCACCAAACGUUUCAAAUCUAAGUUGGAGAAACUACGAGAACUCUGAGUGUGAAGAGGUAUCAGGGAUGUAAACCUCAGUGAACUUUGAUGUGUGGCCUUCAAACAAGUGUGCUCCUCAUGGAUAAGAGAUCUCUCCAAAUCGGCAUGUAGUACCUACAUCUAUGGACCUGUCCUGUUUCUAUUUCAGUGUUUCGUCAAUCUUUACUUGAGCAGCAGUAGGUAGAUUCCCAAACACUGCUCCGAUAUGAAGCUCCAUGAAGACGUGAGGGUUGGAGUGGGAGAAGUUGCAUGUCCUACACUGAACUCCUCCACCCUACUGGAAUGAACUGGAACUAGAGCCUCUUCGUCCAUCUUGACACCACUGCAUGAUCACUAAUGGUAAUGAUAAAGGAACCUUCAGCCACAUCUCUAAAUCUAGUUUUCAGAAGAAAAGUGGAGCUCGUUAUAAAUGUGAGAAGGGAAAUAAAUAUUGAAUGAGAUGUUCAACGUGGACAUAUGGGUGUCAUUGUUAGGGGUGCACAUACUUUUGGGUGUAUUUGCAUGUGCAGGUUGAAGACUUGUGGUCUACAGGGAGAUCUUUGUCUACCAAAGAGAGAUCAGUAAAUGGGUGUCAAGGUGACUGACAACCUGUUUGGAGAACUAGAGAAUAUCAGUAUUAGUGUGUUCUCUUUUCUUGAACAUCUUGUUCCACAUUUAGUCUUGGUUUGCUGUUAUAAUGAGCUCCACUCUUCUGGGAAGAUGUUCCACUAGAUUUUGUGAAAAUAUAUUCAGCUACAAGAGUGUUAGUAAAGUCAGGUGCUGAUGGAGGUAAGGUGAGGUGAGGAGGUUCCUGGGGUGCAGUCAGCGUUCACCUUUAUCUCAAUAGGGUUUAGCGCUCUAUAGUGGGAGAUCUUCAGUUUGAAGAAGAAUCAUGAAGCCGGGUGUCCCAAUACUUUUGACCUGAUCAUGUAUCUAAAACAUUGAAAGCCUGAAGCUGUUAUAAGUUUAGUGAGAACAUGAAUAUCGACUACAGAAAGUACAAAUGUAUUAAAUUGUUAUUUAAAAACGGUGAUUGUUGCUGUGGUGUAAUAGGAAUAAAACACCAUGUGAUCAGCCAAUCAGAACGCACGAUUCCGUUACGUGAGUAUUUAUUAAAAUAAUCCGUUAGAUCCUCCGCAUCUCAUUAUUGUGUACAUGAUGUAGAAUUACACAGGAAUGAAUUAUUAGCUGUAGCGGAAGCUAACGCAGAUGUUAGCCUGAUUUAUCAGCAACGCACAUAAAACAACAACAAACAUACAAAAUCAAACGUUUUAUUAAUUCAACAGUAAAUUAAAGUAUUAACUCUUUAAUAACGGAGUGAAAUAUUGUGUAAGAGUUUUUAAGGCAGUAAAGAUUUAUAUCACGUUCACACACAAACACGCUUUGUGUUCAUUGAGACUGUAAACAGCGAUGACGUGAAGCUGUUGAUGUGGAGUAAUUUUAUUCAAAAUAAAAGUCUUUUCUCAGACAUUUAA